GCUUCAUCAACCUAAACACAAGCAAUGGAUGCCAGAUAAGAUGACCAUUAUGCUGACUUUUUUCAAGUACUAUGAUGGUUGCAAGUACUGAAACACUAGGAAUGCUACAGAAGGGCAGAAAGAAAGAAGGUACAUCAGGGUUACUGUAUGGACUUCUAAUAGGAUUUAUGUUCAGCUGUAGUUAUGGGAAAAUAGUAGCAACUAUUGUCGAAAAGAAAGAGACAGAAAGUAGCUUGGUAAAUAUCUGAAAAAAAAUAUGAGUUUUUCUCGGCGAAGAAGAAUUGGAAUUGUUGGAUUUGGUCACCUAGGUCAAUAUUUGGUUCAGGCAAUCCUUGAGAAGCAGCAAGAGUUUGAACUUGCAUUUGUCUGGAACAGAACAAAGAGUUAUUUGGCUGGUAAAGUCGACCCAUCUCUUCAAUUAGAUGAUCUGUCAAACUUCACAGACAAACAUCCUGAUCUGGUGGUGGAAGUGGCACACCCUUCCAUUACAGCAGAAUUUGGCAAACUGUUUGUUAGACAUUGUGAUUAUAUGAUUGGUUCACCAACAGUAUUAGCUGAUAAGAAUACAGAAAUUAGCUUGAGGGAAGCUGCAACCCAGUAUGGCAUCUAUAUUGCCAAUGGUGCACUGUGGGGAGGAGAAGAUAUAAGAAAAAUGGCAGAUCAUGGUACACUGAAAGGGUUAAAAGUGACCAUGAGCAAACAUCCGUCUUGUUUGAAGUUAGUUGGAGAGCUACAAAGCAAAAAUGAACAAGUGAAGGAUCAUGCCGUUAUCCUAUAUCAAGGUUCUGUGCGGGAUUUGUGUCCGAAGGCUCCAAAUAACGUCAAUACGAUGGCUGCAGCCGCAAUAGCAGGAUACACCCUAGGUUUCGAUAACACCCAAGCAUGUUUAAUAUCUGACCCCAGCCUUGCAGAUUAUCAUAUCGUGGAAGUGGAAGUUCAAGGGCCAAUACAACCAGAUGGAAAAAAGUUCUUGGUACAGACAGUUCGUAAAAACCCAGCUCCAAUGGGAGCUGUUACCGGAACCGCUACCUACGUAUCGUUUCUAAGCAGUAUGUUAGAAGCCCGAGGGAAAGGUUCCGGUUUUCAUUUAUGCUGACUUCAUGUAUUGCUUUGAUGAAAACCUCCGAUUCUGUCAACAUCAAGACAGUGAUUCUUGUCCACCUCGUGUUUUGACAACACCAUCUUACUAUACUUCAAAUGUGUUCAUUAAAAAUUUAUUUUAUAUGUCUAUGACAUAGUAUUUCAAAGAAGUUGCAACUUUCUUAACAAUUGAAAUAUUUGAAUUAUUUCUCGUAAAAAAAGAAACUUUUAAAACAACUGUUUGUGUAUGUUGAUUUGGUGCAUUUUCUUGUAUGGUGACAAUACUUGAGUAUUCUAGAAUUUCCUCAGAAAAAAAAUGUUUAGUUUCUUUAAAAAUUUAUCGUCUUCAUAAUUGAAAUGUCUGAAGCUAAACUACUAAGUGAACAGCCAUUAAGAAAGUUGUAAGUAGAAAAGAAAAAAUAAUUUGAAUACAAUAACCUUUAAUAGACAAUACAUUAUAAUUCUGUUCCA